AACUUGGAAUACCUUGCGUUGCGGUCCAUUCUAUCGUCACUAUUUGCCGUAAUCAUCGAAGAAGAAAGACGUAUCGCCCAGAAGGUCCGCAACCCAGGUUCCAUCAAGCCUGGUCCCUCAUCGUCCCCGGUAUAAUGCAGAAGAAUCGCGAUGUCAGAUUACGGAGAGCACCACAUGGCAAAAGUAUCAAAUCCUUUAAUGGAUGUUGGACCUGUCGACGGCGAAGCGUCCGAUGUGACGAACACAAACCACAGUGUUUCAGGUGCAUGAAUACCAAUCGUGAAUGCGAGGGCUUCGAGAUUCGUCUUACCUGGCUUACAAUAACACCGGAAAAGCUCUGCCAGAGGCAGGCAGCAUCUCACUGGGGUUCUAGGGAUCUCUUUUCACGUAGAGACAACGAUAGUGACGACAGUAACCCCAGUCGAUCUAAACGCCGUCAUAUUCCCGCCCUGACGGUGUUCAACAUGGACCUACCUUCAUACAACGAGAUCGAACUAGAUACGAUUUUGCAUGAGGUUCAAUUGAACAGCGAGCAGUUGAACAAUCAAGGAUGCCCAUUGCAGCAUGGUCCAUUUGGGGUAUUUCGACUGAAGCCCGAGUCGCCAUCCAUUGCUGCGCACCCGCAUUCGAUCUCAUCCGCAUUAUCUGAAAUCGGCGCCGCAGUGCCCGCUGCCUCACGAAUCUAUGAUUCCGACCAUCCCCAGUUUAGAGAUGAGGUUAUAUCCCCCGCAGAAUGUGUGACUGCCGAUGAUGUUGGUGUUUUCCAUGAUGCUCUUUCUCAUCGUAAUCUGAAUUAUCUAUCUCCAUUAUCCAACUCGUCUACUGGCCCCGCCGGCACAGACUAUCUCGCCCCCGACCAGACGAUAAUCCCCUGGGGUCCUGCAUCUGUUGUCUCCACUGAGGAGCCCGAUAUAAAUUCCCCCCUUAAGCUGCGUGAACUGUUCCAUCACUGGAGAAGAUACCUUGUCCGGUUGAUGAUCCCGUUUGCAACGGAGAACCCAUACAUCACCAUAAUCACCCCCAUGGUAGAGUCAAUGGAUCUAGAUCGAAUGGGCCCUGCGAAUAGUGCGGUUUUCUGGUCGAUCAUGACUGCAUCAGCGUUCAGUAAAGCCCGCAUGGUCCAGGACGGCCACGAGUAUAUCAAGCUGGGAGAGUCUUACUAUGCCAAAACAUUGAACUUCCUUAGCAUUUGCUUCUCUAACCAAGAUGUCCAUCAGGGACUAACAGUUCUCGCAGCGUUAACAAUGAGUACCUUGAUUGACGUUUUUCGUCCUCUACCGAACUCUCGCGAAAACUGGCAGUUGCAUCUGCAAGCUGGAAGAUUGUGGAUCAAAUCACGAGAUUUGGAGAUUCCGUCUCAGGACCCUAAUGCGUCGAUAUUGAUCGAACUAAUUCUACUAUUGGAGGUUCUUGGCUUCUCUGGCAAGCGACCACUCACGCCUUCGCUGCGUGAACCCUUUUUGUCGCUCAAAUACUGCACGAUCGACCGAUUCAGGCUCAGGGUUCCUGUGCUCCACGAUUCAUAUCACCUAGAACGCAUGUUUGGGCUGCCGCUGAAUGUAUUUGAAUCUAUCAUUUGGACGAAUUUGUUGGUCCAGAAAAGCGCAGGGGCAUCACAAGAAGAAAUUGAAGCCUUGGGAUUUCAGAUCACCUCCGCAAAUCCUGCCUUCUUUCAUCAUCCUCCAUCAGAUGCUCCCGAUGCAUAUGCCAGAAAUUGUAUUAGAAACUUGUUCUAUCAUGCAUGCGAAAUCUAUUUUGAAAGGCAGGUUUUGCAUACCCCAGUUACAGACGUUCAGUGGAUUGUGACAGCUGCGUUUCCUUACAUUCAAGGCCUUCUCUCCCAUGACCAUGAACUACAAGGGCCUUGUCUUUCUUGGCCCAUUUUCAUCAUUGCAGCCGAAGCUAUAGAUCCAGAGGUAUGCAAGACUGCUAUCGCCUUUUUCGAUCUCGACUGGCCCAGGAGGAUAGGAAACUACUCCGCGGCAAAACAGGUAUUACUAGAAGUUGAAAGACGACGGAAAGAUUUGAAUUCAGUUGAUGUUGCUCUUCAUUGGACUAGGGUCAUGGAUGAAAUGGGCCUUGACAUACUCUUAGUUUGAAUGCGUAAACAAAUCUAAAAACAGACCCCAUACAUUUUAUAAUAUAGAAGAAAGAGCUAUUG